AAAACAUUACUUAAUUUCCAAGUAUUUUAAAAAUGAUUGAAUUAGAUUCCUCUAAAGAACGUUUAGUAUUGAUACUUGCAUUAAUAGCCAGUAUGGCUAUUUUUGUUAUAUGGGUAAAAAAUCAUCAAAAUGAAGUGAUUUCAAUGAUGGGAAACACUACAGAUGUUAUUACAAGUACCGAAAAUGUAAUCAUAACUAAGGAAAGUAGUGAAGUGCAAGCUGAAAAUGAGAAUCGGUAUACUACUGCGAUUUCAACGGUGAGCGUCACUAAACCUCAAUUAGUGUUGACUGUUCUCGAUAUGGGUCCACUCAGGGUAGUAGAAGUAACGACUUCAUCUUGCAAGCUUCAAUGGAGAAAACCAUACAAUGACAGCGAGAUCAUAAUGUACGCUACAUUGUAGAUGUUUCUGGAAGGGAGAUAUUAUCACUGUUUUUUUACAGCACUAAUAAGCAACUAUCUAGUUCAAUCGAGCACCUUAACCCAAGUUCAAGAUAUUACAUUACUAUAGUUGCGGAAAUAGGUGAACAACAAUUUUCUCCAAUUCAUACGAUUUGCGAUACUAAACCUUAAUUAAGUAUUAAACCAAUUUUGCAAUACAUCAAUAAUUGUUGAAAAUAUUUAAAUAAACAUAUGUUGUAAACUUCCAAGAGAGAAAAAUUGUCUCAACUGCAAAAAAUUGUGUGAAAUAAAAAUUACAUUCAUGUUAAUAAAUUG